AGAUUGAAUAAAAUUUUGCAAACUGAAAUAACAAAAAAACGUGGAAUGACUCAAAACAGUCCAAUCUUAACAUUUUUUGAAGUUGGAGUUAACACUUUUAUUAUAGUUGGAGGUGUAAUAGGAAAUAUCUUUAUUCUCGUAUUGAUCGCAAAAAGGAAAAGUAUGCACAACAUUACAAACUACUUUGUGUUUAACUUAGCACUGGCUGACUUAGCAAUUUCUGUAAUAGUGAUACCCUUAACUAUGGCACAUACACUAAAAUACUGGAAACCAAGAGAAUUAGAAUGCAAGAUUAUUAUGCCAAUUUUAGAACAUUUUGCUGGUGUUUGCGUAUUAACACAUACUUCCCUCAGCAUAGCUCGACAUCUAAUUGUUUCAAGUCGAACAAAUAAGCAACUUGUUAGUCUCCGCUACAUUGUGUUAAUAAUCGUAUUAAUUUGGUUGGUAGCCUUCCUAAUUAUUUCCGUUGGGUUAAUGGGAGUGUUUGCUAACUUUAUACUUGACCAUAAAAAAGGUUGUACUUUGGUUUUUAAAGGUCAUGGUAAAGUAGUUUACACGGUUAUUGUGUUUGUAGUAACGUACAUUAUUCCCAUGACUCUAACAGGUUUCUCAUACUAUAGAAUUCACCGAACUAUUUCUAUUAAUAUGACAAGUCUUAAAAACCACAUGUCUAAAGAAAUUUAUAAUUGUAGACAACGCAGCUCAAAACGUUUAGAUCGCAUCCUAUGGACAAUGUAUAUAUUUUUUGGAACAACAACGUUACCUCUUCAAGCAUAUUACUUUGCUGACGGAUUAAACAUUAUACCUCAAUGGGAUCACAUUCUAAAAAUUUGGAGUUUGUUUAUAUCUCUUUUUUACUUGCAAGUUGUAACCAAUCCAUUUGUGAUGCUUUAUAUGGGAAGUGAAUACAGAAGAGAGUUAUUCUCCUGUUAUUUUAAUCAUUGUAUUCAUAAAACAUCUUUAAAAGUUAAAGGAAGUAUUUUAGGCAGAGGCUUAGGGUACAUUAAAAAAAAACCAACAAGAGAAACGAACUUUUAAAUUGAUUCUGAAAAGUUCAACAAAAAAAUGAUCUUUAAUACUGUUAGUAAAUUUAAAACUUAAAGAUACGUACAAGUAAAUUAGAAAUUAAUUAUUUUAAAAAAAACCUUGUUUAUUUAAUUUUAUUUAAAUAUGCCAAUUUUUUAUUUAUUUAAUUUUAUUACAAACAUUUAUAUUCUUGUAUGGUUCCAAACCCACGGAAAUUAGAGUUUUAAUCUAGUAAAUUCGCAUGUUUAAAAUAAAGAUAUUUUGAAAAGUUAACUUUUGUUGUAUUGUUAAUUGUUGUUUUUAAAAAUUGAAUCAACAGCCAAUCAACAGUGGCGGAUUAAGACUUCUUGGGGUCAGGGGCUAUUUUUGUUUUUGGAGGCCUUUUUAUGGGCCAGAACCUAAAAAUGACUAAAAAAAAAAAAAAGGUCCUCUAAAAUUUUUGGGAGCCCCUAAAUUUGCGGGGCCCGGGGGGCUAUAUAUGGUUCUCCCUUAAUCCGGCACUGCCAAUCAAUAGCCACUAAUGAGUUAAAGUUAUCUUUUUUAUUUAUAUUUAUUUUUAUUUUUAUUUAGUUUUAUUAUGUAAAUCUUAUUUUGUAUAAACUUUAUGUACGUAAAAUUAUUACACACAAA